AUGUCCGGGCAGCAGAACCGGAAAGGCCUCGGCGGAUUGAACCGUAUGUUCUUUAACAUGGGACCUACACGGAGAUGCUGGAUCUCCAGUUCAGCAGUGGAUGCUUUGGAACGUGAUUGGGGUGCCUUUGGCCUGGCGGCCGAGUACAAGGAAUUGUUUUGGGGCGGAAACACGGGCAAUUUUGAGGACGUCAGACUUUCAGACAACAGUCAAACUGCCAACAUGAUCUUGCUCACAAGGCCGGCCUUUACCGUUGCUGCAAAAUGUGCUGUGCGCCUUGACGCUUGGAUUUGGUUUGGCUCCACAGUCGUUGAGUGGGCUGGGCCUCGCCCCUAUGACAACAUGAGCCUUGGGCUUCCGGGACAAAUCGCAGGUUGUGAUGGAGGGUAUCGCUCCCCGUUUCUGAUCUAUGCGUCCGUGUGGCUGACAGGGCUUACCUUUGGCACGCUCCUGCUAUUCUGUGAGGAAGGCACGAGCCUCGUCACGUGUAUAGAUCCGAGUGACGAUGAGGCUGGGCGUUUUGUACGGCACUACCCAGCUUGUACAAGCGCUGGCGAUCGCAGAGAAGAUCCGCCUGCUGCAGCCUUUCAGGAGAAAGGCCACGUCAGCGUGGAGUACCGGCGACCAUGCAUGCUGUGUUUGGGCGGGAGCAGGUGUUUGGGCGUCGGUCGUGAUGUGGGAAAUUCCGAUGUCGCAGCUACGGACCAGUUGUUUGCCACGGGCACUGCCGGGAAUGACAUGGUCUGGGGCCGAGUGUUUGGAGAGCGGAUGAGCGAGGAUUAUCUCUGGCGCCUUGAGCUGCCUCUCAGCACUUGGGCAGCCACGUUUCAGGGCUUUGCCACCUCUCUGCGGGUGGUACAAGGCCACUUUGUGUUUCGAGACUUCAGGUGGGACCCUGAAGACGUCCAUGGCUUUCUUGUUGUGUACAAGUUUCCGGGCCUCCAGUUUUUCAUGACAGGGAUGUUCACUCUGUUUGUUUCGCUUCAGCUUUACAUGUACACCAGCUCCUGGCCAGAGUGGAGCACCGCAGGCGAGCAGGCCCUCCGUGCCGCUGCCGACAGCCUGGAUGAAGGAUCGAGCUUGCAAAGGAACCGAGUUUGCAGGGGAAGCCGUUUAUGGCAGUGGAUUCUCCUUCCUUUCUGCGUGUUUUGCAUCAUCGUCGGUACUCACAUACCAUUGAUCCAGACUGAAUUCACCCUGCCGGACAUCAAAUGGCUCCACGAUGCAGCGGCGAUCGAAAGGUUUGCCUCGAACCAUACUCCAGGAUACGGCCAUCGGUUUGCGGAUGGGGAUGCGUACAUCGAUGUCAUCAACUGGCUGUAUGACAGUCGGCUACCUUGCUCCGCUUUCGUGGUUAGCUACAAUGCCAUGAUCCUUCCGCCUGUGCAAUUCUUACUGCUCUUCUUCAUUCUCCUCAGGCCUUCCUUCAUCCCUGAUGACCUGUAUGUAUCUAUGCAAGCCUACGUGAUGAACCUGGCCCCAAUGCGCUUCACCCAGCCGUGCAUUAUGAUGCUCAUUGUAGGCAUCGCCAACAUGCCCGGCCCCGGCGACACGCUCUUCGGGGGCUUUUUCACACAUGGCUACUGGUACUUCAUCUCGUACUGCAUUGGAACUAUUUUAUUGGCAUGGUCAGCCAGCUCCUGA